UGGUCACAAAAAGCUCAAUAUUAAGGCCAGCAGAUUUAGUAAGCCAUCUGGAUUGCACACUGGUGUGUUUACUCUGAACCAGGAUGGUGGAGUAAAUGUUAGCAUCAGUGUUAGCUGCAGUUGUCCGUGGCAACCGUGCAGUCUGGUUCGUCACGGUCGGGUUUAACUUGCGAUAAGGCCGUUCACCAUUUGAGCAGCUGGAAGUGUCGGUGCCGCUUUUAACUGGAGAGCUGCUCUUCUUGUUGUUGCUGCUGCCAUAUACUGUUAAUGAACGUCACUUCCGGGUUGUUUGUUUCAUUCAGUGUAGAUGUCUCAGGCAUGAAAAGGAGCCGAUAUGAAGAGGAUUCGGCACAAGACAGCGGGCAGAGAGCGAACAAGCUCCCUCGGUCCGAGAUUGAAAGAAUUAUAUCAGAUAAAGUUGGGGCUGCAGUGGAGCAAUCUGACUUAAAGAUGAAAAAUUUGAUGGAGAGAAUCAGUGAGGUGAAUAGUGAACCCCAAUAUGAUGCCAGAAUCAAGAAACUGGAAGCCCAUGUAAGGAAGAUAAAACGAAGAGGAGAUGCGGUAUUUGCAUAUAUUCGAAAAUUCAGAUCCUUAGAGAUUUCUCAUAGUCAGUCUCCCCCUUCUUUAAGUCCUCCUCCUGGCCAGCCGCAGCGAUGCAUCUCUCCAGCCGAACCACUAAUCAAUAUGUCCAGAAGUUCAGUCAACGGAGGCUGUUUCAGUGACAACGCUUCAGUGUCAUCAGCAGUCAAUGACUGUGUGAUGUCCACAUUGAGAAGACCAAAGAAAGGGUUCUGGCAGAGCUUGCGGUCUAAGAAACAGGUUGUUGACCUUACGGACGAAGACAGAGCAGCCAGACUGAAUGAAGAGCGCCUGGUUACCCAGCCACCGGUUCAGAAAUUGGUACCUUCAAAACCAGAACAAUCGAAACCGUCAAGUACGCCACCCAUAGCCAUUAAAGAAGAAAAACAGAGUGUUACAGAGGAUCAGCACCGUGUCAGUUCUCCAGUACAGUUGGAAAAGGAGGACUGGCACUCCAAACUCCAUCCUUUUCCGGCCACUCCAUUCCCCAAGGAGCUUCCGGUUUUAGCUGCCUCUUAUAACUUGCCCCAGAAGCCAGUGGUGAAACUAGCUCGGAUUGGAAGUGCACAGGAACUAGGCAUCGCAUGGAACGUUGAUCGGAAAGAUCCCCAUGUAGCUGAGAUGGAUUCCUACAACAUUUAUGUUUCCCAUGAACACAAAAACGGCACUUUUUCUGAAUGGAAGUGCCUCGGAGUGAUCAAAGCCAUGCCUCUUCCUAUGGCCUGCAAGGUGUCUGACUGCAAAGGAGAUAAACGACUGUGUUUCAUCGUUGUGGGGAAGGAUAUAUUUGGCCGUUAUGGGCCGUACAGUGACAUACGUACUGUUGCACCAGGACAAAUAUGAUUCUCCUGUGUAUCGAAACCCUUGUUCAUAUAUGGAUUCAAGGAGGAUGAAUGUGACUUUAUAUUGAAAUAUGGAGUAAUUCAUUUUUAAGAUUUGAAUUUCUCAAAAGAUGUUGAGUUCAGUAAAAAUAAAGUUAAAGCUGCUGUUUUUUUAGUUGUUGGUUUUUGUGUCAGAGAUCCCUGAAAGUCGUUCAUCUUGUAUUUGAAAGGCAUUAUCAUGAAAGUAUUAAGAAAGAAGCUGUUGUCUUGUAUUGUUUUUAUUUGUUAUAAAGAUACAAAACGA